UUUUCAAUUCAUUUUCUCAUCACGAUUGUUUCUCAUCUAAUCUGUGGACUUCUGUGCGCUUUGCCAGCUUUUGCGCACCACAACACACACAAAACAGUCAAAGUGAACAAUAAUCGGCUUUCCUAAAAAUUGUUUAUGUUCUUAAAAUUGGUUUUGGUGUUAAUUUCAUUAACUCAGGAAUCUUUCUGUUGAAAGUGUGUGUGUGUGUGUGUGUGUGUGUGCUGUGUCUGUCUGAUCGCUGGGAUAACUGUGCGCGCCUCUUUUAACGGAACAGUUGGCUUUACGCAUGAAAAAACAAGAGAUCAAGUUACAGAGCCUGCCCCAUCAGAACCAAAGGAGCCAGCCUCUCCCAAGAGGAUGCCACUGGAUCCUUUGACAGAAGCUGUUCACACAGACCCUUACUCUUAUGUGAAGCGUGAAAACAAACCAGAGUGUCCCAUCCCCUUGCGCCCUGAGCAGUCAGUCACAGCUGGCCAGCCUUAUUACAUUUCUGAGCCUCAGAUGGCAGAAUUCCCUCCCUACUAUAAGCCACCCUAUGCCUGGGAUACCCUGCCUUCUCCGUAUGACUUCAGGCAGCUGGGCUUCCACUCGUCCCUCCUACAGCACACAAGUAACCUGUAUGGAUCUGAAUUCAAGCAAAGCCCGGAAGAUCAACAGCCUCUGGAUUGCAGUACUCAUUACUCGCCUACCUCCGAUACCUAUCACUGCAUCACCUGUGACAAGGUGUUCUCAACUCCUCAUGGCCUGGAGGUCCACGUGAGACGUUCUCACAGUGGAACGAGACCCUUUGGUUGCAGUAUCUGCAGAAAAACCUUCGGUCAUGCUGUCAGCUUAGAGCAACACAUGAACAUCCACUCUCAGGAAAGAAGCUUCGAGUGCAAAAUGUGCGGGAAGACAUUCAAACGUUCCUCAACCCUGUCCACACACCUGCUGAUCCACUCAGACACUCGGCCGUACCCCUGCCAGUACUGUGGCAAGAGGUUCCAUCAGAAAUCCGACAUGAAGAAACACACCUACAUCCACACAGGUGAGAAACCACACAAGUGCCAGGUGUGUGGCAAGGCAUUCAGCCAAAGCUCCAACCUCAUCACACACAGCCGCAAACACACAGGCUUCAAGCCUUUCGGCUGCGAGAUCUGCUCCAAGGGCUUCCAGAGGAAAGUGGACCUCCGCAGACACCACGAGAGCCAGCACGGCCUAAAGUGACCCCGUCAGGAAGGUGGCCAACUGCUGGCAUGAAGGCCAGGACUGCGAGAAAUUCGAUAAAAAGAGGACAACAAAGAUAUGAGUCACUUAUUACAUCCUCACAGACUGCUAGUACAGAAGGUUAAUGAAUCACCUCCACAAUAUCAAUAUUAACUGAAGUAAUUUUUGUUUGCCAUGUCGCUCUUUUAACCCUUAAGUAGGGCCGUUGGUAAAUUUUGGCCCCUUGACAGGAUAAUGCAAUGCUCAUCCAUACCCUCCAUUGAGAAGUAUUUUGUUCUACCUGGAGCCAUUGAAAGCAUUUUAAACGUGGUUUAACUAAUGUUUAUGAAUAAAAUGUUCAGUGAUAAGAGCACAACCUUUGAUAUUUUAUAUAAUAAUAUUUAAGUGAGUUGUAAAUUUAUCCAAACAAGUGUAAUAUUUAUGAAAUGUUUGUGUUCACGCCUGUAUUCAAAAUGACAGUAAAGAUGUGAAUAAAGCUUUUUUUUCCUUCUUAAAUCAAA